AUGAAAACGUGGUCGCGGGAGCCCGUCCUCGGCGUGUUCCUGUUAGUUUUCACGCUUACUCCAUCGUGGUGGCCCCUCGGGGCUGGGACUCCUAUAAACAGCAACACGGAUGCAGGGACGACCGCCAUUUACUUUUCUUUGAGAAGUACCGGUGAAGUGAACAACACGGAGUACGAGUCGACUUCCACUUCAUCUCCCCCAAGUGAGAGUUCACCCCCAUCCCUGCUGCUCGCGCACUUUGCGGACACUGAGCAAACACAAACCACAAGAGAAAUAAGUACAAAAUCGCUGGAGACUGUUCAUGGAUCCACUGAGUCAUUCACGUCCUCCCUGGUCGGCACCUCUUCUGAGACCGGCAGUAGCAGCAAAAGCUGGAGUGAUGCUUCACAAACCAAAAACCUGCCUCGUGUCCCGGCCGGUGUGUCCAACAAAGAACUGUUUUCCCGUAUGUCGACACAGGACUCCUCUAAUCUCCAUCUUGGAGAAGUCAUCCCCUUCAGGUCGCAGACUCAAACCCUCACAGACAGCAUCUUCACCUCAACCACCAUCAGCCGGGCUGGAGAGAGGACCCUGCUAUCUGUCACCUCUUCUUCCUCUAAGAACAGUUCCUCCUCCUCAGUCUUUACAGAGGGCUCAAACUCUCAUCAACCCUCCUCUACUUGGAGCAUUCCAUCUCCAGGGGGAGCAAAGACUGAAGACUACACUCACAGUGUACAGUCCACUGAAGAAACAGAAGACCUUUUGCGCACUCAGUCGUCAUUUCCCGAAACAUCCCAAGGAACCCAAACCCUUGCCGGACAGCUGAAUGCCACUGGACAUCAACACAUGCUAACAUCAGAGGCAACUUCACUCUCGACGCCCAGCAUGUCCAGCACCGAAAAAUCAAAUGACUACUUCUACUCCACAUAUCCAGCAGUAUCGCCCGUGAAGAAUCCCACUUUUGUACCCAACCAGGAGUCCACAGUGGAACCUUUCACUGAAUCUUCUAGGGUGACCAUAAGCUAUAGCUCUCAGAACACUGGCUUGAGCACAGAGGAGAUUUUAUCUAGAAGCGAGGAGGAACACUUUACUUUCACCACAGCUCCCCCACUGAUUAGUGGUACGACAAAUCAGUAUGACACCCACAUGAAAUCAACUGACGACUUCAUCACUACAACAUCAGUCACUGUAACUGACAGAUCUGAAAUAACAGUAGCGGAUAAAAGUACAUCAAUUAGGUCCACCAGCAGCUCUCUACUCCUCGCCACUUCGUCUUCCAAGCUGAGUAGCACAUCGCUCCACUCUACUCCAGAGUCACCCACCCAAGCCAUCAUCCCUUCCACAACGUCUAUAACCAGCACCCCCACACUGGCUCGACAUAGCACUGCAGCCCCAACUACUCCUUUCUCCAACACUGACCGAAGCCUGUCGUCAUCAGCCGGGAUUGUGGAGACCACUGACGUCACCACCUCGAUUCUGGAAACGAGCACAGCCACCGUGGUCGUCACCACACCGACCCAAAGCCCUACUGUUCCUUACAUCCUCAGCGACCCGACAAGAAGCCCGGGGUCUCUCUACACCACUCAAAAACAAACAGACAGGGUGACCACAGAGGGAGUGACGACAACAACACCCACUCAUGUCCUAGCCACGAAAGCAACUCCAACAAAAGCAGACCCUUGCAUGUCAGACCCAUGCAUGAAUGGAGGGACGUGCAUGAGCUACAAACAUCAUCAGUUCUCAUGUGGGUGUCAGCAGGCCUGGACGGGCCCUACUUGUAAUCAGGAUAUGGAUGAGUGUGAAAAGGAUCCCUGUCCUGUUGGCUCCACAUGCAUAAACACAAGGGGUUCCUUCAGCUGUGAGUGUCCGCUGGGCUUCGACCUGGAGGACGGACGCACGUGCACUAAAACAAAAACCUUUUUAGGAACAUUCAGUGUGUCACAUCACCAAAGUCUCUUCAAGAAUGCCACAAUACAUGAGAUCCAGAGGGAGAUUAUUCAACUGCUAAAUGCCUCCUUGUCCUCCCUCAGAGGUUACAGUCGCUCCACCCUCAGUAAGAAAGAACAACAGGACGGCGUUUAUAUAUCGGCCGUCAACAUGUUCUCCAGCUCCUCUAACGUGACGAGUACGGAGGUCUCCAAUAGUGUCCAGAUGUAUUUAAAAAACUGCAGUUCUUCACACUCUCACUGCCACAUGGUGCUGCAACACAGACUCACUUAUCAUGUGGAGAGUCUCUGUGUGGCCCAGAGGAUUCAUUGCAACCCUGAGCGUUCCACCUGCACUGAUGACACCGGCAACGCUCAAUGUCAAUGUCUACCAGGUUAUUACAAACAUAACCUUGAUGACCUGUCCUGCUUAGAAUGUGGCGAUGGCUACAAGCUGGAAAAUGGCACCUGUGUCCCUUGCAUGUUUGGAUUUGGCGGAUUCAACUGCGGAAAUUUCUACAAGCUGAUCGCUGUAGUUGUAUCGCCUGCGGGGGGCGCUCUACUUCUCAUUCUCAUCAUAGCUCUCAUCGUCACAUGUUGCAAGAGAGAAAAGAAUGACCUCAAUAAGAUCAUCUUCAAGAGCGGUGACCUGCAAAUGUCUCCGUACACCGAUUUCCCUAAGAACAACCGCAUUUCCAUGGAAUGGGGCCGGGAGACCAUCGAAAUGCAAGAGAACGGAAGCACCAAAAACCUGCUGCAGAUGACUGACAUUUACUAUUCGCCCGCAUUGCGGAACUCUGACUUGGACAGAAAUGGCUUGUACCCAUUCACGGGUGUACCCGGAUCUCGCCACUCAUGCAUCUACCCCGCCCAAUGGAAUCCAUCUUUCACAAGUGACGAUUCACGACGCAGAGAUUACUUCUAA